AGAACAGAAGCUGGUUCCCAUGAAAGAGACACACGUGGCAUUUGCAUUUUCCGUGUUCACCAGGAAAAACAUGUUUCUGUCUAAGAUGAAGAACGUGUUUCUCUUGUUGGUGCAUUUAGCGUUAGCUAUAUUUGGUUCAGCAUUAGCUAAGAACAAUUGCCAAAGAAACUGUGGAAGUGUUUCAAUCCCCUAUCCGUUCGGGAUCGGAGAGGCAUGUUACCUCAGUAAAUGGCACGAAGUUCAAUGCCAUAGGAAUCCCGCUUCCGGUCAGCUUCUGCCAUUCUUGCCGGGCAUAAAUAAAACAGUUUUGCAAAUCAAUCUUCCAAGGCAACGGGCAUCAACUCCAUAUGGGUCGAUUCGCAUACAAAUGGACAUCACUUCCACAGGAUGCGUCUCUCCAACCAAUGUCUUUGUUAAAUUUGAUGGCAAUGAGGUUGGAGAUGUAUUGAACUUGACGGGCACACCUUUUAUCAUUGGUCGCGCUAACGACGUUGUUGGUAUUGGUUGCAACAUCAAGGCUUCUUUGAGAAAAAUUGAGCCAAGAAUAGUUGGUUGUGUCUCCACUUGUGCACCAGAAGCUAGAAUGGAUAAAAAAGGCUGCAACGGUUACAUAUGCUGCAGAAAGAAAGCACCUGAUGUGAUCGGACAGGUGACUGGUCUCAGUAUACAAGGUGAUAGUAUAAACACAACAAUAGGAGGGUGCAAAGUGGCAUUUUUGACGGAUGAGUUUGAUAGAUAUCCUUCCUCAAAAAUCAGUGAUCCUAGAUGGUUUUAUGCGAUGAAACAUACAACGGUGCAGCUACGGUGGUCAAUUCAAACUGUGAAUCGCUCAUCUAUCGGGUGCUCAGAUCACCGUUGCAAGUGCCAUAACCUAACGGAGUAUGAGUAUGAGAUUGGGUAUUCAACUUGUGCAUGUUCCAGUGGUUACAAUGGUAACCCGUAUCUUUUAGGUGGAUGCAAAGAUAUCGACGAGUGUCGAAUUCUCAACAAUGAUGGACGUCCCAGAUACUGUAGAGGAGGUAGCAUGUGUGUUAACACUCCGGGAGGGUAUCACUGCGUGUUCCAUAAGAACAAGGCGUUACCAAUUAUCAUAGGUGUUGGCACGAGUUUUGGUGUGUUGAUAAGUGUCGGUGUGGCCUUCUGGCUAUACCUUGGAGCACAACCAAUGGUCGACAGUGAUGAAGAAAAUGAAGUUCUGCAGUUUGACAUAAAUUGGGAUUCAAGUGCUUCAACAUCCCAAUUUCAAACCGCUGCAACGUCCGAAUCGUUCUUGUUACCACCGGGUACUUGAAUAAAGUGUUUUAUGUAAGUUUCGAAGUCUCUGUAAUGGUGUAUUGUUAAAGACAAAAGUGGAUUAGUGAUGUGAUGUAUGCUCAUGUGAUGUGUGAAUUUCUUUGAUGAUAGUUUGCUGUUUGGGAUCGUAUGGAUUUUGAGAACAUGUUUAAGCUGAUUUGAAACUCAACGCGUCUCUUUUGGAGUUAUAAAAUGCAUCGUCUGCA